AUGUCUGGCGACAUUCACACACUGGCCGACGUUGUGGGCGCGCCGUCGACGCCCGCCUCUGAAGGAUAUUUGAAGCAUUUGACGACCCUUCCCCUCCCUGAUCUCCUUGCAGAGCCGACCCUUCUCCAGACACAGGCCCACUAUCUCACUUCCUCGCUGGUCACUCUAGCGCACACAUCAUAUCCGACUUUUUUGGCCGUGCACCAAUCUAAUGCAGCGCUGAACUUAUCUCUCAAGACAUUAUCCACAUCCCUGGACACGUUGGUCUCGGACAGUCUGCCUGCGCUGGAACAAUGUGCUAGUGACUGGAAGAAUCGGACAGAAAGCGUGCUCAAGGAGAGGAAACGCGCUAGGGUGGUGCUCGAACAGCAUGAAAAGCUGAGGGACCUACUGGAUAUUCCCCUCCUGAUUGAUACGUGCGUGCGGAAUGGGUACUUCGGAGAGGCUCUGUCCCUCGCUGCCCAUGCGAGGUCUCUGGCUACACUCUUUGACAACGAUGAUUUAGGCGACAAGGGCAAACAAGGAGCCCAGUCGCCUCCGGUGUUGUUAUCAUCGAUUCUUGCCGAAGUCGACCAAAGCAUUACCCAGAUGCUCGUUUCUCUCCUGGCCACACUCCACGAACCACACCGGAAGCUGCCUGCCCUAUUCAAAGCUGUGAAUUUUCUGCGCCGAAUGAAUGUAUUCGGAGGUGCUGCCAAUAGCACCUCCCCUACCAUUCCCAUACAUUCGCCUGUAGCUACCAAAGUCAACGGUAAAGGCUCUGACCUUGCAUCAGGGCAUACUCACCAUGGAGCGAGCGCCGAUGAGACAAUACGAGCAGAACAACAACUGGCGUUGGCCUUCCUAUCCGGCAGGGAAACAUGCCUUGUGGCCUCGCUAGACGGUUGCGGCAGAAGUAUCCAAGGUGUUAUACGUGAGCUCCAAGCAACACCAGGUGAGGGUACGCGACAACUCGAGGAACGGGAGCUAGAGGAUAUUGCUCGUUAUCUCAAAAAGUACAUCGAUACUUGGAGAGAGGCGGUAUACGACAUCGUCACUCAAUAUUCUACCAUCUUCCUGGAACGCUCGCCCUUGCCCUCUAACCCUCCCCCUACUAAACAACAACUUCGAGAGCUACACAGUUCCCUCCAUUCCCUUCUCUCUACUUACGCCACGCAUAGUCUCACGAAACACCUUGUCGCUACCCUAUCUUCAGCUUUGCCUCUACUUGCCCCGCCCGCCCUGCCUUCGCUUCUUACUCAACUUACCUAUUGUGCAUCCGCCUUCGGGAGGGUAGGCCUCGAUUUCCGUGGACUCCUCGCCGACAUAAUGGGGAAAUCCGUGGUAGCUGCAGUACGCCGAGAUAUCCAAGCAGCAGGGAAUGUAUGGGCACAGGAGCUGUUGAAGAGCUAUGAGCCUGAGGAAAUUGAUGAUGGCAAGACCGGUAUGACCAUGUCGAGGUCCAAAAGCUCGGGUAGUAAAUCUGGUGUCAAAGUCAACCGUGUACCUUCAAAAUGGCUUAUAUCUCCUUCGCUCGUUGCUUCUCCACCUCUGCCCAGCGGGACCUCAACCCCAGCCCAUAUUCCUCCGCCACUUUUAGCUUCCUAUCCCCCGCUCGCGGUAUUCACGAAUGCUCUUCUGACAACACUAAAUGGUCUACGUCUGCUCGCUCCAUUGCACGUUAAAGACGCUCUCAAACGUGUCAUGGACGAGGAGAUGGUCAAUGGCGGGCAGGCAUUGCUGCGGUUUGCUGAAGCAGUAGGUGCCGAUGAAAAGUUGGAGGAAGCGGAGAUCAAUAUAGUGCGUUCCUGCGGUGAGGUAUAUUUCGGAGUGUUCGCGCCGUUUGUGAAGAGGGCGUUGGUGGAGGGCGUGUAUAGUAGUAAAGCGGGCGAGAGUAAUGAGGGCCACAGUGGCGAGCUGGCCGAGGUGAGACGGAAUUGGGAUACAUGGACAAGUAGCUUUCCUGCUCUACCACAAUCAUAA